AUGUUCUUAAUGAGCACUUCGUUAACCUUGUCUAGGGGUUUUGUCCAUCUUGGUCUUCUUGUUCGGGAAGAACACUUCCUUCGUGGCUCGACCAUUCCCAGGCAUUCCAUUGUCUUCAAGAGGCGGCGGCGUCUCAGAUUAGUUCCAAAUGCAAGGUGGAGCGGGGGCUCUGACAGGAAAACGUGGUGGCAGAAGCUCUUCUUUGACGAGGAUGCUGAGAGCUGGUUUGGUGUAACUGAGGACGAUGCGCUGGGGGAUAUCAAUGGAGAGUCGGAUAGCGAGGCAUCUGAGGAGGAAAAGUUUGAGGCUUGGAAGAAGAGGGCCGAGGUGAUUACAGAGCUGAGAGAGGCGCAAGAAGAUGCUAGGAACUCCGAUGGCCAGGUUUGGGAGGACUGGCUUUUGGAAAGUCCGCCUGGUACCGGCACAUCCUCAAGGUAUCACGAAUGGGACGAUGCAGUCAAGCAGGAAGAGGCGGAUAUAGCCGGUGAUUCAGGCAAGGCGGACCCUGGAGAACAUUUUGUAGGGGCCGUCAAGGAUUUCUUAUUUAGGAGUUAUGACGACGACCUUCUGUUUGAAGACAAGGUCUUCCGUUAUGCUUCAGUCAACUCGGUACGUUCAAUGUUAAACUGUACCUAGCUUGCAUUGCCAUCUAUUCCCGAUCUUACUUUGCCGUUGGAACUCUAAGUUUAGUAUGUUUGUUUGAGCCUUCUGCCAUUCACGCUACAGGAGCAGUUCUAAUGAUCACGGUUGCCCUUCCUGAAAUUAUUCAUUGAUUUCUCGACAAAUAUUGAACCACCUGAUUCUCUGCUGAUCCUGGUCAAUCCGCUAGUUUCUGGAUCGAUUAACUGUCUGCUUCUAGCGGGGUUAGCUGUUACUGCAAGCCAUCAGUUGUAUUUUCCUAAUGCGUUGUUGAACUGUGGCUGAUUGGUUGCCUUCCUAAAAGAUGCGUCAGUCUAGGGAAACCCUCCUCUAACCAGCAGAAGAAAGCAUAUUUCAAUUACACGGAUGCUUUGUAGCCUAUGAUUAAUGCACUAGAUAUUUCAACUCCGUUGACGAUUUAAGAUAUUCUUCACAUUAGAGAAUCGGGAUGCGUGGAAUGGCCGAAACCUGCAUAAUGUCAACAUUUGAGAUAAAACACAGAAUUUCCCGCAAAGUUAACAACUCAGAGCUUCGAUCCUCUGAUGCUAGUGUUGUUUAGUGCAAGUGUAUGAUCUUUUCUAUUUGCUCUUGUGUGAUGACGGGGUGAGCUUCAAGUUUGUUGUCACCACGAAGAAUUUUUAUUCUUUGAUAUUGAUGUUGGGAUCUUACGAGGAUACGUACCGUCUUGGUGUAGACCGCGAGAUUAUGAUAUUGAGGUGUUUUUGAGGGAUCAUUGAUAAUAUACUUUGUAUUUCUCUCUAUCCUUUUUUUUUUUUUUGAAGAAUAAGUGGCAAGGCCAACUUUCCCCAAGAAAAGAACAGAACGCACAAUUCUCUUUAGCAUCCAAUAUGGCCAUUUAUGGUUGAAAAAAAUGAUAUUUUCUUCUCUCAGAGACGAAGACGUUCUCUUGCAUUACAAGUUAUGAAUUCAUGAAUCCCAAGUCCUUGGAUCUUGAUUUAAUCUAAACAGGUUCAAAAAUUGGAAAGCAUCGUCAUCUACCUGUAUAUAAUGCAAUGGAUUAUAUGCAUACUAUCAUUCUCUUAUGCAGAACUUAUUUUUUUAUUUCUCCGUCAUGCCUUUUUGGUAUUUUGGGAAAACGAAUAUCAGAAAGAUGUAUUAUUCGCAAAUAUUAAAAAAGUCCAAUGCUGCAAUGUAAGCAGGAAGUUAUGGAACUUCCAAUUUGGCGCAUUUGCUCAUUACAGCGGCAUGCCUUUGCUCAUUUCCGGGGCCCAAAUGAUCAUAUUUUUAGAUCAUCUAGGUAUUAUUUUGUGCUCUCUUUUCAAAAUUUCCGGGCAAGAAAAAUCAUGCGUAAUGUAUGCUUGGAAAUCCAGAAAAAUCUCCAGACGAUAACGCUGCAAUAGUAAAUCCAAAGGUGUGAAACAUGGGUUUUUGCCUUGUAUGGCUCCUCCGUGGGACUUCAAGGAAUCUUUCUGCCACUCUGUACACCUUUUCUUUCUUAGAAAAAGAAAAAUGCAAGGAGCAUAAUCACUUUAAAAUUUUUGAGGGUGUAAAAAGACUUUUUCGAGGCAGGCUUUGAAAUAGACAAAGAUUGUUCUUGUUUGGCUAAUUCAUAAUCCCUCUGUGGUGUCUUGUCUAUCUGUGAAUUCCACACUUUUAUUUUUACUUUUCCAGCCUCAUUUUUUAUUUUAUUUUUUUGGUUACGUGUAAUCGUCAGAUUAGUAUAGCCGGUGUGUUUAUGGUGUCCCCUGAAAUUUAUUUUUAUUCUCAGAGGUAAAAAAAAAUAAAUGUUUUUAUUCCCGGAAUUCCUCACAUUGACAACAUUUCCAGGCAAAAUUUUUGGCGUUAUUGGUGCUCGUGCCCUGGGCUGUAGACUUUGCCGUUCAUGACUACGUUCUCAUGCCGUUCUUAGACAGGUAAAUUCUUGCGAAUCCUGCCCGUCUCUUUGGCGGGCGUUUCUAUCUGUUUCGAUUUCCCCAGUGGGAUAGUAGACUGGAGCGCUGAAAGGUGGAUAGAACAAAUCUGUCUGUCUGUCUGUCUGUCUGUCUCCCUUGUUUAGAUAUGUCAAGACUGUACCCCUUGCUGCGGAAGCAUUUGAUGUGAGAAGAAACCAAAAGCUUGAGAUGAUCAAGGCUCUGAAGGUGGAAAAGGCGAGAUACCGGUUUGAAGUGGAGAUUGGCAAAGCUCCGCCCCUUUCGGAGGAAGAGGUCUGGCUGGAACUGCAGCACAAAGCGUAAGAUAGGAUGACUUUAUUUUCAUUUUCCUUUUUCUUUUCUUUUUUUGUGGCUGCAAGAUUGGAUUUUUAUUUUCAUUUCAAGUACCAUUUAGAUUUCGUGAUUCGAAUUGCUUCUCGUUUAUGUUUGUCGAUAGUAAAUAAGUUUAGAGCUUUACCAGAACGUUUCUUAAAAGAAAUAAAAGUUGCGCACUGUGACUUGCAUGAGUCAAUAACCAGAAAUCAGCAAGCAAUUCCCCUGGAAGCGACUCCCAUGCUUUGAGCCAUGGGUUGCGCUAGCCAUGAGAAAGAUCGCGGAAAACAAGACAGUUUGACCUCCUUCCUUACCCACAACUCUGAAGAAGGUAGAUUCAGUCAUGGGGGAUCUGCAGCUUGCUUUUCUGUUUGAAUCAAAACUCCCCCUUCUCCCUCUGUCUAGCGAUUUUCAUUCACUCGCAACCGCAGAGGACAAAAUAGUUUCCCCUUGGUUGAUUUCUGGCGCUUUCUUUUUAGCUCUCGAAGAAAGAACGUCUUUGACCGGCAUGCUUUCCCCCUGAUGUUGCUCCCCUUGUGCUGUCCCCCCUGCCAUCAGAAGAGAACUGAGAGAUGAAUGGAGGUUGGAGAACCGAAAGUCAUUUGCCAACAUCUGGUCCGAUAUGACGUACGGCAUCACCUUAUUCCUCCUGAUGUACUUCAACCAGAGCAAAGUGAGUAGUCUCCGCCUGAUCUUCUUUCCGUGCUCUUCUUACCGUGCCGGGUAUCGACUUCUCGACGCGUUAACUUCUUCGUGUGGACAUAUACAUGUCUUGCUCAAUGAUGGAUGCUCUGUCCCGUCCUUUUUCCGAGCUCUGUGCGACGAUCCCCAAGGGCUCUGUUUUUUUCCCCACCGGCCCUGAGUAGAGAGGCUCGAGCUAUGGGGUGGUGCGUCGUUGCCUCAGGGUUUGACUUUGGCGUGAUGUGGUUCUUGGCGUUCUUGUGCAGGUGGCUUUGCUGAGGUUUACAGGAUACAAGUUAAUAAAUAACAUUUCGGAUACGGGGAAGGCAUUCCUCAUUAUUCUUAUCACCGACAUUUUUUUGGGGUAAGCCCUCCUCCCCCUCUCCCACCCACCCACCCACCCACCUCUGAGCUUGACCAUCCUGCAUGGGAGAGAGCGUUGACAUCUCUCAUGCAGCAGUCUGGGCUUCGUCCUCUUCCAAGACCGGAUUUUGGCCCCUGGUUCUCUGGUCCCUGAGAUUUUUGGUCUGGGGAAGUGAUAGGGUGGAUGAUCUGAUUCAUGCCUCCGGCUCGAUCUUUUUCCUGGCUCUCUGCUUGCGCGGCCUGGCAGGUACCACUCCGAGUCGGGCUGGGAGGCUCUGGUGGAGGCGAUCCUCGAGCACUACGGAUUGGACAUUGACGAGGCCGCCAUUACCGUCUUCGUCUGCUUCGUUCCCGUCGUCAUCGACGCUUGCGUGAAGCUCUGGGUGGGCCUCCUCCACCCCCCCUCCCGCCGCCUUCCUGGACUGCUUCUCGAUCCCUCAGGAGUCAGAGGCUCUGAUUUUGGCGCUGACCGAUGUCUGUGUGUGCGUGUGCCGCAGCUCUUCAAGAUCCUCCCGAGGCUGUCGCCCAACGUGGCGAAUAUCUUCCGGGAAAUGAAGCGGCACUGA